AUGGAAGGGAAAAGGUUUUCUCUUGUGUUUGGGUACAGAGAGUUCAAACCACACCUGCUCGUGGUCUUAGUCCAGGUGUCCUAUACCCUCACAUAUUUUAUCACUAAAGCUUCCUUCAAUCAUGGGAUGAGUCCUCAUGUUUAUGCAACCUAUCGGCAUGUUGUGGCUGGCGUUGUGAUGUUCCCUUUUGCAUACUUUCUGGAGAGAAAUGUAAGACCAAAGCUGACAUUUGCCCUUUUCGUGGAAAUUUUUGUGCUUUCUCUGAUAGGGAUUGGCUUGGGUGUUAAUAUGUACUAUACAAGCCUGAAAUACAUUUCCCCGACCGUUGUUGCUUCCAUGGGCAACACUGUUGCUUCCCUCACCUUCAUCAUUGCAGUGGCACUCAGGUUGGAGGUUAUUGAUCUUCGAAAUCCUCGCGGUAUAGCAAAAGUUCUUGGUACCUUGAUCUCCUUAGCUGGUGGAAUGACCAUGACACUAUACAAAGGACCCAUCAUGAGAAAUUUAUGGCGUCCUCUAAUCCAUAUUCAAGGCAAAAGUGCUUCUAUCAAUGAGAGCUGGCUAAAAGGUUCACUUCUUACAAUUUCAAGCUGUGUUACAUCGUCUAUAUGGCGCAUUAUGCAGGUAUCCACUUUGAAAAGAUACCCUGCCCAACUUUCACUUACUACGUGGAUUAGCUUUGUUGGAGCAGCGCAAUCAGCUGUUUUCACAGUGAUAGCAGAACAUAAUAACCCUUCAGCAUGGAUUAUAGGCCUCAACAUUGACUUGUGGUCCACAUUAUAUGGUGGAGUUGUCGUUGCUGGUUUGAUGGUCUACAUUCAACUAUGGUGCGCUGAGAAAAAAGGGCCAGUUUUUGUCACAAUGUUUAACCCUCUUUCAACGAUAUUAGUGUCAAUUCUAGCAUACUUCGUCUUUGGUGAGAAACUUUAUUUCGGCAGCAUCAUUGGUGCAUUCAUUGUCAUCAUUGGUCUGUACUUGCUGUUGUGGGGCAAAGAAGGUGACCGAGAGGUUUACGAGAAGACCAAAGAUAAAUCGCAGUGCAGUACUGAACAACCAGAAUGCAGAAUAUAGCCAAAAACAUUAGCUGGAAAAGAGGAAGUGCACAUCCAAG